GUUUCAACUCUGAAUUCCCCUCCAUUUUCAUGAUUAAAAAAAGUUACCUUUUCGGCUUUGAGCGGAUGAGCAUCUUUUUCUGUCUGUUAGUCUGAGUCCUUCUAUAUUGGAGGACAAACGGUGUUGUUGGCAGUAAAUUGAAGGUCUAGUUUUCUUCCUUUCAUUCCUUCUGGUAAAAAUGUCAGCAGAAACACAAUCUUUGUUGAAGAAGGUGUACUAUGAGAACUGCCCAGGUUGCAAGCAGGAUCUGAGGAACGAGGCCCAUCCUGGAAUACCCUACAAAGAAUUUGUUUAUAUAUGGAUUGUCACCCUAUGCUCAGCCUUGCCUAUAUGCUCUCUGUACCCAUUCCUGUACUUCAUGGUUAGAGACCUUCAAAUUGCCAAAAGAGCAGAAGAUAUUGGAUUUUAUGCAGGGUUUGUGGGCGCUGCAUUUAUGUUUGGGAGAACCUUAACUUCUGUCUUCUGGGGAGUGGUUGCAGAUCGCUAUGGGAGAAAACCAGUUAUCAUUACUAGCAUUCUUGCCGUGAUUAUAUUCAAUGCCCUAUUUGGCCUCAGCAGCACAUUUUGGAUGGCAAUUACUACAAGAGUACUCCUUGGACUUUUUUCUGGUUUACUUGGUCCAAUAAAGGCAUAUGCUUCCGAAGUUUGCCGGAAGGAGCAUCAAGCCCUGGGAUUAUCUCUGGUCAGUACAUCUCGAGGCAUAGGUUUAAUAGUUGGUCCAGCUAUUGGAGGUCUCCUUGCGCAGCCAGCGGAGAAAUUUCCAAACAUUUUUUCUGAGGAGUCUAUUUUUGGGAGGUUCCCAUACUUCUUACCUUGCCUAUGUAUAUCAGUCAUUGCAGUUUUGGCAUUCGUAGCUUGUUUUUGGCUUCCAGAAACUUUGCAUUUUCAUGGUGAACUAAAGCUAGAUGAUGGUGCAGUUGACAAUCUGGAGUCAUUCGAAAAUUUCUCUGUAAUAGGAAAUUCUGGAAAAACUGACGGCUGGCCUUCGGUUUCUAAAAAGAGCCUACUGAAGAAUUGGCCCUUAAUCUCAGCAAUCAUCGUGUAUUGCAUUUUUUCUUUUAAUGAUACAGCUUAUUCGGAGAUAUUCUCCCUAUGGGCUGAGAGCAGUGUUAAGCAUGGAGGUUUGAGCUUUUCAUCGCAGGAUGUGGGUGCGGUGCUUGCAAUCACAGGUUUUGGUCUUUUGGUGUUUCAACUGUUCGUAUAUCCAUACUUGGAUAAGGCACUUGGACCUGUAACUUCGUCCCGGACUGCAGCAAUUAUGAGCAUACCUGUACUUGCUUGCUAUUCUUUCAUGUCUAAUUUCUCAGGAUUUGUUCUCAUGUUAAUUCUUACUUGCGCCUCCUUGAUGAAGAACAUUCUGUCAAUAACUAUCAUCACUGGCCUGAAUAUUUUGCAGAAUAAUGCAGUGGCUCAGAAUCAAAGGGCUUUGGCGAAUGGUAUCGCAGUGACAGCGAUGUCUAUCUUCAAAGCAGUUGCUCCUGCUGUAGGAGGUACUAUGUUGUCAUGGGCACAAAAGCGCAAGGCUUCCUUUCUCCCAGGUGUCCAGAUGGUUUUCUUUUUGUUGAAUGUUGGUUGCUUAUUGGGUUUCCUAUUCACCUUCAAGCCCUUAUUAGCUCUGCCCAGAAAGGCUACAUAAAACAUUCUGUUCUCUGCACUUUCUUUUUCUUGAAGUCUCAUCUUCAAACAUUAAUAUUGAUCCAUCAACUCUUUGUUAUUGUAGAUUUAAAUGACCACUUGAGUCAUUUAUAUUUUCUUAAUGAGAUUCAGAAUUUUUUAUUUUUGUAUUA